AACCUAGAGUUCGAAAGAGUCAUCGCCAUCAAAUGUUGUAAAAGCCAGCAGCGAAAAGGGGAGGUUUCCGAGUAGUGCUGCGAAAAAAUAUCAAUCAGUGCUAGAAAAUAUCGUUAUUUGACUUAAUAGUUUAGGUUCAUAGUGCGGCACGAUGAGUGACUUCCUGAAAUCGGCUAUGAAUUAUUUCAAUGCGGGCCCCUCCGUCGGCCAGGAUAAUGAGCUGGUUGGCCAGGUCGUAGAAAUUGCGAACGUCAAGCUGCGAAUCAAACGUGUUAUCGCUGAAGGUGGAUUCGCAUUCGUAUUUGUAGCCCAGGACAUACAAACAAAUAAUGAGUACGCACUGAAAAGGCUGCUCGGCUCUGAUAAGGAAGAAUGCAAUAGCAUAAUCCGCGAAAUCAACACACUCAAACAGGUCUCCGGUCAUCCGAAUAUAGUAAAAUUUGUUGCGGCAUCUUUCAUUGAUCGUACCCAAAGUGCUGGCGCUAAACGGGCAGACUAUCUCUUACUAACCGAGCUUUGCAAAGGUGGUUCGUUGUAUGAUUGUCUGGAGAACGAUUUGGCUCCCGAAACGGUGCUGCGUGUUUUCUAUCAGGCGUGUAAAGCAGUAGCUCAUUUGCACACGCAACCGAUUCCAAUCAAUCAUAGAGAUAUUAAGAUUGAAAACUUUCUCAUCGGCAGUGAUGGUCAGUUGAAAUUAUGCGACUUUGGAUCAGCUUCAACUGACAGUUAUGCUCCAAAUGUGAAUUGGAGCGCCCACCAAAGAGAUAUGUUGGAAGAUUUGCUGGGACACUGUACAACUCCUAUGUACCGAUCACCCGAACAGCUUGACACAUGGAAUAAUUACCCAAUCGGUAUCAAGACAGAUAUUUGGGCUUUGGGAUGUAUUAUUUUCUGCCUAUGCUACCGGAAGCACCCGUUCGAAGAUUCCGCUAAACUAAGAAUAAUCAAUGCGAAUUAUACAAUACCAAAUGAUUCGCGGUAUACGUGCUUUACAGAAAUUAUUAGAGGUUGUCUUCAAGUUGAUCCCCAGAGAAGAUUUGAUAUUGCUAUGGUUCUGGAACGAUUGGCGGCUAUAGCAGAGUCAAAAGGUUGGCCAUUGAAGGCACCACUUGGACUGACCGGAAAGCCUCUAAACACUCCUCCAAGUGGCCCAACACCUAAUCCCAGUCCGAUGCAUCAUCCUGAACCAGCAUCUGGAACCAAUCAUAUUCCUCCGCAGCGACCAGCACCUCCAAGACCUGCCCCAGUUGGAAAAAAUGCUGGUCCGCCUCCGGAGCGAAAAAAUCCCCAACGACCCCCAGAGCCUGUUCGACCUCCGCAUCCGGUCAUUGCUACGCCUGUUCAUCACUAUCCCCAUCAGCCACCCCCUAUGGCAGCUCACGUGGGAGGUGGAAGUGGUUUGUUCUCCUCUAUCAAAGGAGGUGCCGGUAGUUUCCUGAAAAAUCUAAAAGAUACUUCAUCUAAGGUUAUGCAGACUGUUCAGCAGAGCAUUGCUCGUACAGACCUCGACAUCAGUUACAUCACACAGAGAGUUUUAGUUAUGCCAUGCCCAUCGGAGGGUUUAGAGUCAACCUAUAGAACGAAUCACAUUGAUGAUGUAAAAAUUUACCUUGAAAGCCGCUACCUUCCGACAAAAAUAAGUAUUUACAACUUAGGUCCACGUAAUUGUCCCAGAUUACCACCACCAGUGCGAACUGUUGAAGGCAGUUUUAUAUAUUCACCCGUUCCACCGUCCUACAAGGCACCUACUUUAUCAGGCUUGUACUCAUUGGCGGAAGAUAUGUACGGUUUCUUAAAUGCUGACCCGAAAACCAUGAUUGUUAUCCAGAGUCCGGAUUCGGGAAAGGCACUGGCUGCAACUAUGGUUUGUGCAUUGUUAGUGUAUAGCCAGCUCGUGACUGAACCGGAGGAUGCAAUGCAGAUAUUUGCUGUGAAACGAACUCCGCCAGGUAUGAGGGCUUCCGAAUUGCGCUACCUGUACUAUCUGGGCGACGUUGUGCGUUCGGUGCCUCAUCUCCCACACUACAAUCCAGUCACAUUAGUCUCGAUAACCGCCAGUCCAAUACCAAGAAUGACCAAGGCACGUGAUGGUUGCCGCGUUUAUAUAGAGGUGGCUUCCGGCGAUCGAAUAGUCUUCAGUACUUUGCAAGAGUAUGAACGCAUGAGGCUAUACAGCUUAACCGAAGGAAAGAUUUCGCUCACGCUCAAUGUGAAUGUGUGUGGAGAUGUGACCGUUACAUUGUAUCAUGCACGAAAUGCGCUGGGAGGUAUGGGACGGCCGCAAGGUUUGAAAAUUUGUCAAUUCCAGUUCAACACCGGCUACAUUCCGGAGGAAGAAACGCUUAUUAAUUUUAGUAAAUCUGAACUAGACGACGUUCCUGACGUUGAACACGUACCGCAUGGUUUCAAUGUCGGUUUGUCGGUGUUUGUUAGCGAUUCAGAACGGCCUCCAUCCACUCAGCCGCCGUGGGUCCCAACCAAGGCUCCUCGGGAUCCUAAAAUUUUAUUCGCUUCCAUGCUUGAAUAUGAAGAAAAUGUGGAAAAUUUCAUUUCGAAGCCAACGGCUUCGAAGCCAGCAUCAUCACACCGGCCUCCUCCAAGACCAGCUCCUCCUUCGCCGCAGCCUCCUAGAGCUAAUACCACACAGUCGGUCGAUGAAGUUCACACUGGAACCGAGCAGGAUGAAGCUAUCCUGCUGAAUCUGAGCAACACGAAACAAACAGAUGUUGAAGAAUCUAAACAAAAGGCGAACGAUGCAUGUUUCGAUUUGCUCGGAGGAUUUGCCCCUCCAGUCAUAGAAACAAGCCAGCCGAAUGAGAGCUCUCAACCGGGAGCAGGAUUAGAUGAUAUAUUCGGUACAAUCGACAGUAGCACUUCUGGGCCUGUACCGCUUCAAACUUCUAAAUCGAGUACAGAUCUCAACGGUCUUAAUCUUAAUUUCGAUAAUUUCGGAGGUAUUGCCCAGCCGGCAGCUUCAAAUGGUACGAAUGCAUCCAAUGGAGCUAACGAUCAGUUCAAUAACAGUUUUGGAUUCGAUCCUUUCGCUGGUAUCAGUGCAAGUGUGUUCCAUAAUAGUCACCAAACGCAACCAACAACCCAGCAGCCACAACCGCCCAACAAGGAUCCAUUUGCAGAUAUUGGUGGUCUGGCAACUGGUCUGGGAUCGACGGGAUGGAACAAAGCGGGUACGGCUCCUCCCACAACCACCCCAAGCCCACGGUCCACGCAAUUUUCUAGUCCUACGCAUCAAUUCAGUGGAGCCAGCACUGCAAAUCCUUCGCCGAGGGCACCUUCAACGCCAAUUCACCAGAUGAGAAGUCCAAAUGAUCCACAGCGCCCGGACUAUAGCCGUUCCCAUUUCGAACACCCGAAGCAGCCUGCCAACAAUGGAUCGAAUGGACAAAAAGAGAAACCAGGUGACAUCUUCGGAGACAUUCUAGGCUCGCAGGGAUACUCGUUCGGCAGUGGAAAGCAUCAGGGUCCACGAACAAUUAAUGACAUGCGAAAAGAGGAACUGGUCAAAGAGAUGGAUCCAGAGCGUGUGAAGCUACUGGAAUGGACGGAGGGAAAGAAAAGCAACAUUCGUGCAUUACUUUGUACAGUUCAUACCGUACUUUGGCCUGGUGCUAAAUGGACGAAAUGUGAGAUGCAUCAAUUGGUUAGCGCUUCCGAUGUGAAGAAAAUAUAUCGCAAAGCCUGUUUAGCAGUGCAUCCGGAUAAACAUACCGGUACGGAGAAUGAGGACAUGGCGAAACUUAUUUUCAUGGAGCUUAACAAUGCCUGGAGUGAGUUCGAGAAUGAUGCUACGCAGCAAAAUUUGUUCGCAAAUUAAUGUGAUAGAGAGAAAAAACACUAACCAAACAACCAUUUCAAAUCUAUCAUUGGCAUCAACUGUGAUUGCUGAAUCACAUGCAUUACUUAAACUUUAGUUCCUGACCACGAAGAAACGCAUGCGCAUGGCUUCCAAUAAACAUUAAUUUUGACCGUAAGUAAACUUGAAGUUCCAAUGUGCCAUCAAUCGAUAUUUCUGUUGGCAAAAAGUCGGAACAAUAAAAUUGUUCAGUAAUCUACGACGAAUCUUACAUCUAAUGGAGAAUUUGAUGUGGAGCAUACAUGUUUCAAAAAUCCAGGGCAUAUUGUUUGAGAUUAAUUGUCCAACAUCGUCUAGCUGAUGAACUCCACCAUUUUAUUAUUGUUUUAGUUAUAUAUUGGAGAAGUUUUCGAGGCCAUUAAUUGUAUGUUGAAGGGUCGAACUUUAUGUUCGAUCGUUAUUCAAUACAGAUUAAGUUUUCAGGAUGUUACUUCAGAAACGAUACAAUUUUUUCUCACGCCUCUAGCAUACAACAACUUUACAACUUUCAAAAGAACGGGCCACUAAUUUGCUGAACGUCGUUACGUCGUAACCCUAUGAUAUGCAAAUGCAGUGUUAGUUCCUGGUGAGUCAGGCUCGAUGUUAUAGUUUUUCAAGAGUUAAUUUGAUUUGUAUUUUCAAUUGAAAUGCGUUAUUCCUAAUAACUGAUUUCGGUAAACAGUGCGGAUAUCUACCGCGAUGGAUGCUCAAUAUCAUUCAGUGCACAUCGUGAAUAUAUCACGAUUGCAGCGCAUAAAAUAUCAUAAAUUUGUUAUUCUUGGAUUAUUUGAGCAGAUAUUAUAUGAUUAUGAGUAGUUAUUUGAGUUUUUUUUGUUACAAAAUGGCUGGCAAUUCCGGUCACUUUUGGGAUAUUCUUUGAGUCGGAAUUACGCAACUUUUUAUUUGAAUCAUACGAUAUUUUUGGUAUAUCAUCCGCUAUAUUCCAUGAGCGAUGAGAAACGCUUGAAACGUUGAAAAUGUUGAAGAUGAGAUUAAGCUGUUAUAACAAAUCUAGUUCUUCGUGAACGUAUAUAUUAUAUCUACUCUCGGUGUUAUAAAUAGAAAAUGAAAGAAAUCAAUUUUGCAUCCCUCAAUUAAAAAUGUAUAAUAAAACAGACACAAUUUUAACCGUUGUUGUAAUAGCAAGAAAUAAAAAGCAAAUUACUACACUUUGUUCGGUUAUGAAGAAUAGAAUAAGUUGGAAGAUAAAAAGCUGUGAUUGAUACUGAUUGAAUGCUUGGGCUGCAUUACACAUUUCGAAGACAGAGAAAUUUGUUCAUUUCAAAGCAUAACAUAAAAUUUAGGUUGAAUUACUUAGUUUUUUAGAGUUUAUGUGUAUGUGAUUUAUAUUUUCGUCGCCGCUUUUCAAGCUUCGUAACCGUUACUAUUCGUGAACGUAAAUUUCUUAUUUUUCCAAAAAAUUGGCUUGCAAUAAACGCAAUAUUAUUUGUAUUAUUUUCUUAUCUUUUUUUUUCUUUAUAUAAGACUUAUUGAAGUGGUGCAUUCCUAAGGUUUACCGAUUCUUACAUGUGUAUAAUAGCAAUAAUUAAAUUUUGCUUGUGACUGUCCUUAUUUAAAUAAGAUUGUACAGGGAUUAUGUGAUGAUGGGUGCAUAACAGAUGCGUACAGCCGAUUAGAAUUGAGUUAUGUUCAAAGAAUAACAUCUUAACUAUGAAUUCGAUUCGAGAAUGUGAAUAUGUUUAUUAUAGGUAUUAUAUUUAUGAUGGAAUAUAGUUGAAAUUAUCAAUAAUUAUGAUACAUGAUAAUAUUUCGAAUACACACUA